AUGGAAUAUUUCAGGGAGCUUUCUGGGGUGUCUCUGGGAACAACCACACAUGGAGCAGAGGAAGAGGCCAUUGGGAGUCAAGAAGGAUUAAGGGGGAAGAAGGGUAGCAAAGCCCAUACCAGGAGGGAAAAAUCCAUUGGUGCACAGAGUGGUGAGAUCCAUGAAAUGUCAAUCCAGGAAGAGCAUUGUGAAAGAAAGAGAGGAAAUAAGAGCCCUUUGGCUGAGAAAACGUUCCAGUUCAAACCCAUGAAUCCACCUUGCAAAUUCCAAACAAGAGAGAAAGCCUUCAAGUGCUGGGAAUGUGGAAAGAACUUUGCUAGCAGUCUCAAUUCUAAAGCACAUCUAAGAUCCCACACUGCAGAGAAGUUGUAUAAAUGCUCAUGCAGUAGCAACAGUUUUUCUGAUGAGUUGAGUUUUAUUAGGGACCAGGAAGUUCACAGCAGGGAGAAACCACGUAAAUCUAUGGAAUCCGAAAAGCAUACCAGUAAUAGAGGAAAGCUUGCCAAACAUCAAUACAUUCGCUCAACCAAGAAACCAUAUAAAAGUGGGGAACAUGGAAAGCACUUCAGUCAGAAAAUGCAACUUACUUCACAUCCCAGAACCCACAUUGAGGAAAAAUCAUAUAAAUGCACAGAAUGCGAAAAGAGCUUCAAAUGCAGCACAUCACUGACUUUACAUAGAAGAAUCCAUACAGGGGAGAGACCAUACCAAUGCUCAGACUGCCCCUGGAAUUUUUCUGCCAAAUCAACAUUUAUUAGGCAUCUGAGAAUCCACACAGGGGAAAAACCAUAUAAAUGCUUGGAUUGCCCAAAGACCUUCCGUUUGAGUUCACACCUCCAUGUACAUCAACAAAUCCACAGAGGGACAAAGCCAUAUAAGUGCCUAGAAUGUGGGAAAAGUUUCAAUAGUAGUGGAAGCCUAAUUUCACACCAAAGAAUUCACACAGGCGAAAAACCAUAUAAGUGCUUGGAGUGUGGAAAGAGUUUCAGACACAGCUCACACCUGACCUCACAUCAACGUACUCACACUGGGGAGAAACCAUAUAAAUGCACUGAGUGUGGAAAGUUCUUCAGGCAGAGCUCACACCUCAAUUUACAUCGAAAAUUGCAUGCUGGGGAGAAACCAUAUAAAUGCUCAAAGUGUGGAAAGAGCUUCAAGGUGGGUGGGCGCCUAACUAAUCAUCAGAAAAUACAUAGAGAAGAGAAGCCGUACAAGUGCUCAGAGUGUGGAAGAACCUUUAGACACACCACCAGCUUAAAGGCACAUGAAAGGACUCACACAGUUCACACUGGGGAGAAACCAUAUAAGUGUCCUGUGUGUGGAAAGAGAUUCAAACAAAGCAGAAGCGUUACUUAUCAUGAAAGGAUUCACGCAAGGGAGAAAUCCAUCAAAGGGCGGGGCCAGGCUUACGGCUGCGAGGCUUUCCACAAAGCCUUCUGCGCGCUCCAGCUGCUGGGAACAAAAGCAAGCGGGACGCGGCGGGGGAACCGCCUCCUCCCCGGGCAGGACCGACCAGCGACCCGGCGGAGGCGCACCGGGAGGCUCCGCGUGGAGAGUCUUGCGGGGGAAGCGGCGGCUUCCCUGCCUGCCCUUCCUCGGGCUGGAGGCGGAGGCUUCGCGGGAAGAAAGCGCCGGCUGAAGAAAGAACGGUGUCCCUUGUCCCAAUCUAGGCCCUCUGUCUUUGUUGGAGGAAUGGCAACAGCCACCAUGCAGCCAGAUCAGUGCCUGGUUUCCUUUGAGGACGUAGCUGUUCAUUUCACACCGGAGGAAUGGGCUUCGCUGAAUCUGGACCAAAGAGCUCUGUACAGGGAAGUGAUGCUGGAGAACUAUGAGAACGUGACCUUUCUGAGAUUUGCCAAACCUGACUAUGUCUCUUGCCUGGAAGAAGGCGAAGACCCAUUUGGCUCAGAUUCUGAGGAAGAGGAGAGAUUGGCAGGUGAUUGGGAUGAUGUGGAAUAUUUCAGGGAGCUUUCUGGGGUGUCUCUGGGAACAACCACACAUGGAGCAGAGGAAGAGGCUGUUGGGAGUCAAGAAGGAUUAAGAGGGAAGAAGGGUAGUGAAGCUCAUGCCAGGAGGGAUAAAUCCAUUGCUGCAGAGAGGGAUGAAAUCCAUGAAAUUUUGAUCCAGGAAGAACAUCGUGAAAGAAAGAGAGGGAAUAAGAGCCCUUUGGCCGAGAAAACGUUCCAGUUGAAACCCAUCCUUAAUCUACCUUGCAAAUUCCAAACAAGAGAGAAAGCCUUCAAGUGCUGGGAAUGUGGAAAGAACUUUGCUAGCAGACUCAGUUUUAAGGCACAUCAAAGAUCCCACACUGCAGAGAAGCGAUAUAAGUGCUCAGGCUGUAGCAACAGUUUUUCUGAUAAGUUGAGACUUAAUAGGCACCAGGAAGUUCACAGAAGGGAGAAACCACGUAAAUCUUUGGAAUCUGAAAAGCAUGCCAGUAAUAGAGGAAAGCUUGCCAAGCAUCAAUCCAUUCACUCAACUGAGAAACCAUAUAAAAGUGAGGAACAUGGAAAGUGCUUCAGCCAGGAAAAGCAACGUACUUCACAUCCAAGAACCCACACUGGGGAAAAACCAUAUAAAUGCACAGAAUGCGAAAAGAACUUCAGAUGCAGCACGUCACUGACUUUACAUAGAAGAAUCCAUACAGGGGAGAGACCGUACCAUUGCUCAGACUGCCCCUGGAGUUUUUCUGACAAAUCAACAUUUGUUAAGCAUCUGAGAAUCCACACAGGCGAAAAGCCAUAUAAAUGCUUGGAUUGCUCAAAGACCUUCCGCUUGAGUUCACAGCUCAGUGUACAUCAACAAACUCACAGAGGACUAAAGCCAUAUAAGUGCCUGGAAUGUGGGAAAAGUUUCACUAGUGGUGGAAGCCUCAUUUCACAUCAAAGACUUCACACAGGAGAGAAACCAUAUAAAUGCUUGGAGUGUGGAAAGCGUUUCACACACAGCACAGCUCUAUCUUCCCAUCAAAGAAUCCACACAGGGGAGAAACCAUAUAAGUGCUUGGAAUGUGGGAAAUGUUUCCGUUAUAGCUCACACUUGACCUCACAUCAAAGUACUCACACUGGGGAGAAACCAUACAAAUGCACAGAGUGUGGAAAAGGUUUCAGCAACAGCUCUAGACUUAAUGUACAUAGAAAAUUGCACACAGAGGAGAAACCAUAUAAAUGCUCAAAGUGUGGAAAGAGCUUCAAGGUGGUUGGUGGCCUAACUAAUCAUCAGAAAAUACACAGAGAAGAGAAGCCACACAAGUGCUCAGAAUGUGGAAGGGCCUUCAGACACACCACCAGCUUAAAGGCACAUGAAAGGACUCAUACAGGUGAGAAGCCGUAUAAAUGCCUGGAGUGCGGAAAGAGCUUCAGGCAGGCCUCACACCUUAGUCAACACCGAAGAAUUCACACAGGGGCGAAGCCGUAUAAAUGCUUUGAAUGUGGGAAGAGCUUUCGUGUGAGUUCAAGCCUUACAACUCAUCAAAGAACUCAUACAGGAGAGAAACCUUAUCAGUGUUUGGAGUGUCAAAAAUGUUUCCUUCAUAGUGGACGUCUUCAUGAACAUGAAAAAGUUCACUCUGGUGAGAAACCGUAUAAGUGUCCUGAGUGUGGAAAGAGCUUCAAACAGAGCAGAAGCCUUACUUAUCAUGAAAAGCUUCACACAAAGGAGAAAUCCAUGUAAAUGGCUUGAAUGUGGAAAAGAGCUGUACUUGCUGAGUAAGCCUUAGGAAACAUCACAAUAUCCCCUUUGACGGUUCUUUAUAAAGGAAUGUGGGAAAUGCUUUGGACUGAACAAACAGCUUGUUUCCCAUUACAGAAUUUGCAUCUGAGAAAUAACAUACCUGGACAUACUUUCAGUGCAAGAAUUCUAUGUACUGUUUAUGUUACGUCAUCAUUUUAUUAAUGAGAACUGACUUCCAAAUCAUUUCUCAAAAGACUAAAGAUGCAUCAACUGAACAGAAAUUAUUUUAAAGGAAAUGAAAUUAUCUGAAACUAGCAACAAAGCCUGCUGUGGGAAAAAAAAUACAACGGGCUCUAGAAGGAGUAGGGUAGGCAGACGGACAUUGCCUGUUCCUCCAUGACUGA